UUUUGCCUUGUUGGAAGGUGAUUUCCUGGGUAAGACAUCUGACCGGAGACGCGGUAGCACAAGUGAACGAAACGCUGAGCAGAGAAAACCAGAACCUCACGGAUACAGUCACCUGAAUGCUAUUUUGUCUGCUGACAUAGAAAGAUGUCACUGACAGAGGACCUUCCAGACAUGGAUGGAGCAGAGCUAUUAGGGCUUCUCUUCCAGGGUGCAGAGAAUGGGACCACUGAGCCCUUCUUCCCUGAUGGGCAAGGACUCAUUGAAGACUGGCUCUCUGAGCAGGAUAUGCUGACAGGCAUGGAUACUGAGGACUUUCUGUCCAGUUUGCUCGAGGGAGACGACAGCACAGCUGCCAUCUGCCCCUCCCACUCUCCCCUGGGCAGUGACAGCGGCAUCUCUGACGAUAGCAGCACAGCUGGCGGUGUUGGAAACAACAACCCUCUGGGGUGCCCGAGCCCCCAGGGCAGUGACUCUGACCUUGUGCCCAGCCCCAGCUUCUCUCAGCCCAGCCCAGUAUACUCAGACCCCGCCACGACCCCAGGAGAGCUGCAGACAGAGAACCUAGAGGCCGUCGCAGUUCAGGCAGAUCAUAGCUACUCUCUGCUGCAGGGUUCAGGGAGGGAGCUGGAUUUCCUGCAGAGUGUGAGGGCAGAGAAGCCAGAUACUGAUGUCUUCAUUGAUUUGGAUGAUCUGGAGUCUGAGGAGACAAUGGAGGAGGAUUUGACUGAUGAGCUGCCAUGCACUUUGGCCAUAGAGGAUUCAACACAUGAUUCAAAAACAGACCAGUUCCAGUUUAAGGAGAUUGUGUUGACUGAGGAGGAGAAGCGGCUUUUGGCAAAAGAAGGGGCAACCAUUCCCACACACAUGCCUCUGACAAAGGCAGAGGAGAGAACCUUGAAGAGGGUGAGGAGGAAGAUCCGCAACAAGCAGUCUGCUCAGGAGAGCCGCAAGAAGAAGAAGGUCUAUGUUGAUGGACUGGAAAACAGGGUUGCCAUCUGCACAGCACACAAUCUGGAACUCCAGAAGAAAGUCCAACUGCUUCAGAAACAGAACAUAUCCCUGAUAGAGCAACUGAGGAAGCUGCAGGCAAUGAUGAAAAUGUCGACUAUGAAGACAAGCACAACCAGCACUUGUGUUAUGGUGUUCCUGCUCUCUUUCUGCCUCAUUGUCUUUCCUUCAGUCAACCCAUUUGGCAGCAACACAGGGCAGAAGGAGCUCUACACACCCUCCUCCAUCGUGUCCAGGGCCUUACGCUCGGUUCCGUCAGAAAACACAGAUGUCAUAUCCAACAUUGACUCUGAACAGCAAGAGAACUUCCUGAUGCCACAGGCUACAGUGGAGAACACCAAGGCCAUUUUCGCUGGUGGUCAGAACAACCACACUCCAGACUACCAGAGGGUGGAGCAGCCAGACUCGGAAACAGGUGUCAACAGCAACUCCUCAGCAGACUUCCCCAAUCCUGCUCAGGCAGCUGAGAUGAAGCCAGGGUCGGCCGGUGGAGUCGGAAACUUUCAAGAGGGAUCCAUUGAUGCUGUCGUGGCGUCCGCUGUGGCCUAUGAAGUCCCAGGAUCUAAAGAGAACUGGAUUGACCGGAAACCCACGUCUGUAAUUUUACAGCAACACCGUUCAGAUGAGAUGUAGAUGUGGGUAGAUCCAGCCAGCAGAGGGAGCCAUAUUCCCAAAUGGCUUUACAUGCCAAAAGGGAAGCUAAGACGUAAUGAAAGGAGGAAGGGAAAAUAAUUGUCAACAUAUAUGAUCUAUCUGUCUGUUCCUACUUUUCCUCUGUAAUAGUCUUCUGACAUACUACUGUUCUUUUGUGAGCACUUUGUUAUGAUUUCCCUGUUGAACUGAUCAGAAAGGACCUCUGAGAAUAUCCAGAUUAAGGCAGUGUUGUUUAUAUAAUAGAGAGUAGAAAAUUGCAGAGGCAAUAUGCAGGGCAGUACGUUUUCUUUUAUUGAGACCACAAGAUAUGUAAGUACUAGGGAUUCUUGACAACCUGAAAAAAGUGGCGCAAAUUACCUUGUGAAUUUGCGCCACCCCCAAGAGACCUUUUUCAUUGACCAGAUGGUAAAAAAAAAAAAAAAAUGACUUAAUGGCCUUAUUGUUGCCCCGGUGUCACCAAAUCCAAGGGAGAGUCUUGACUGACUACAGUCUCUACCUGUCUUUAACUGUCUCCAACAUGUCUAGAUGCUGGGGAUUGAACUUAUUCUCCCACAAUGAAUAAUUAUGAAAACAUAGUGAAUUAAUAGUUUGCACAGUCAGCGAAUAACACCCAUAGCAUAGCACAGUAUAGAAUGCUUUAUUGUCAUGAUGCUUGAUCAAAGUGGUUGUUUGACCACUGUACUGCUUUAGCCAUUGCAGGACAUUUGGCCAUUUAGAAGACUUGUAAAGUUUCUUAGUAAUUCCCUUGUAACAAGGGUAAUCAUGCUCCUUUUUAAUUUUGGAAUGUUUUGGUUUUUAUGUUGUACAGCAAAGCAAGAAGAAGAAAAAAAAGUCUGAGAUAGAAAGUCACUUCGCCACUUAUUUUUGCCAUUGUUAACUGACCCUCAAUUUAUCCUUGUUACCUGUUCUUUUACAACUUUUGGGAACUGCUCUUGCCCCUCAAAAUCUUGUCUGAAAUACCUCUUGACAGCUGUGUGUCAGAAAUGGGGUUUAAUAUAUUUGUUCAGUAAACUGUUGCAGUAAAAUAUUAUAUUCAAAAAAUGUAAUGACCUGUUUUGUCAGUGAGGCAUUUUUUACUUUAUUUUAUGUUUGUGCAUUUGUUAUAUUGCUGUCAGUGCUAAAUGGAAUCUAAAUGGUAUUGGAUUUGCAUUUUGCUGAGAUUUUAAAUGUUGAUCAUGUUAAAAAAAAAAAAAAAUAUGCACUGAUGUUUGCCAUAGUCCAAUUAUGGAAUGUAAAUAAGCUUAAAUGAUU